AUGGCAGUGAAAUCUAUCCCUGCUUCCGCAUCUCAAAGAAGGCGGAUCUUCACAACUCUGACGAUUUCUCUGCUGCUAGACUUGAUCUCAUUCACCUUGAUCCUUCCUCUCUUUCCAUCCGUUCUCAGCUACUAUCACGCAAAAGAGACCUCAUCUACGAGCCUACUCAAGCGUGUCUUCCACUACUUGAAUGUGUACAAAAAUUGGUUUUCGAGACCCAUAGAUUCAAGCUAUGACAUUGUUCUACUUGGCGGCGCAUUUGGCUCGCUGUUCUCUCUCUUACAGGCUAUAGCCUCUCCCGUUAUCGGACGGCUCUCGGACCAGCAUGGUCGACGCAAAGCUCUACUGUGUUCCCUAGCUGGGAACAUAUUAAGCGUCGGUCUCUGGGUCGGCGCGACGGACUUUCGGGUAUUCAUCGCGAGCCGUAUCGUUGGUGGACUGAGCGAGGGCAACGUCCAAAUAGCCAAUGCAAUUAUCACAGACAUCAGUGAUGAGAAGCAACGGGGAUCGGCUAUGGCUCUGGUUGGCGCAUGCUUUAGCCUCGCGUUCAUCUGCGGUCCGGUACUGGGUGCAACGCUUGCAAAUAUACCCACGACUGCUUCGAACAAAUUUGCCAUGGCUGCUGUUGUCUCCCUUUUCCUAAUCGGGGUAGAGACAGUUUAUGUCUACUUUUCUCUCCCGGAGACACAUCCACGCUUGAGCCAGUUUCAAGACUCUACUACGUCUGCUGCAACCCCGACCAACAAUGAGAGAACCUUGCCUGUAGCUCCCACGGUGCUUAAUGGCAAUGCAUCAAAGGCUUCGGUGAAUGGCAACAAGUCGUCUUCUGUUGCUCCUCAGAGCCAAAACAUCAAGAUGAGACUUCGCAACGAAUUCGUCUUAAACUGUAUUCAUCUCUUCUUUCUGCUCCCAUUCUCAGGUCUUGAAUUCUCGCUUCCGUUUCUCACUGCGACGCUAUAUGCCGACCAAACAAGUACCAUGAGCCCCUCUGCCUUGAAUGGGCGUCUGCUUUCCCUCAUGGGCUUGAUUGCAUCUUUGCUCCAGGGUACCAUUGUUCGCCAUCUGCCACCGAUCUUGAAUAUACGCCUUGGCGUGAUAGCCUGCACGAUCUCUUUCUUUUUACUCGCUCAUGUUCGUUCGAUGAGCGGUGUCUAUGUCGCAGGUGUUUUCCUGUCUGUCACUUCAGCAACGGUGGUGACUAGCAUCAAUAGUCUUGGUAGCUUAGGAGCGCCUGCGGGCGAACGGGGUGUCAUUCUCGGCCGUCUACGCAGCUGGGGACAGGUAGGGAGAGCUAUUGGUCCAUUUCUUUUCUGCUCCCUCUUUUGGUGGGCGGGGAGGGAAGUUGCUUAUAUGACAGGUGGUGUCAUGAUGAUGGGCGUUGUGGGGGCUGUUUUCACUGUGCUUAAGUAG